AUGGCCAAGAGUCCUCAGAAGAAGUCUAAACCGACUAAGAAAUCAAGUGGAAGUGUGAAACCACCAUCUGUCAAACAGCAGACCAGUAUAUUUAAGAAUUCACCUAUCUAUGAUUUAUUGCAUAAUUUUGAAAAAGCUCCUGAUCAAUGGACAGCAAGAUACGUUCUUGUGAUGUCUGCAGUGAUAUUGAGGGCUACUAUUGGAUUAGGGGGAUUUCUGGGAUAUGGUGAUGGACCUAUGCAUGGAGAUUUCGAAGCUCAAAGACAUUGGAUGGAACUUACUAUUCAUUUACCACUUUCUGAAUGGUAUUUUUUUGAUUUAACAUAUUGGGGAUUGGAUUAUCCACCAUUAACAGCUUAUCAUCUGUAUAUUCUUGGUAAGAUUGGAAGUUUCAUUGAUCCAAGUUGGUUUGCAUUGAAUGCAUCUAGAGGAAUUGAAACUAAUCCAGUUAAAUUCUAUAUGAGAUUUACUAGUUUAGCUAGUGAAUUGAUCUUUUAUAUACCUGCUGUAUUAUCAAUUGCUAAUUUAAUGGGGAAGAAAUUCAAUUUAAGUAGAAUGGAUCAAAUCAUUAUUUCGUUAAUCAUUAUAAAUCAAGCUCAUUUAGUAUUAAUUGAUCAUGGCCAUUUUCAAUUCAAUUCAGUCAUGUUAGGAUUAUUUAUUUAUUCCUUAAUUGAAUUAAUCAAAAAGAAUUAUAUGACAGCUAGUAUUUGGUUUGUGGCAUGUAUAAAUUUCAAACAAAUGGGAUUAUAUUAUCUGACGUUUAUAUUUGUCUUCAUUUUAAGUCAAUUGAAAUCAAUUCAAGAUUUAAUUCUUGUCGGAUUCACCGUUAUUUUCACUCAAUUGAUUAUCUUAUUACCCUUCAUUCGUGAUCCUAAUAAUAUUUUACAAAUUGUUCAAAGAGUAUUCCCAUUCCAUAGAGGGAUAUUUGAAGAUAAAGUGGGGAAUUUCUGGUGUACUACCAAUGUGAUCAUCAAAUAUCGGGAUAUUUUCAAUCCUGAUGAUUUACCUAAAUUAGCAUUAAUCUCAACCAUUAUAGCAUUUUUACCGAUUAAUAUCAUUCUUUUCUUUAAAUUAAGAAAUGCUAAACAUUUAACUCCGGGUUUAAUCUAUGGAUUUGCUGGUAAUUCAUUUGCAUUUUAUUUAUUUUCAUUUCUUGUUCAUGAAAAGAGUAUUUUAAUACCAUUAAUACCCACCACAUUAUUAUUAUUAAUUGAUCCUAGUCAAAUUGAUAUCAUUCAAUGGAUUAAUAAUGUGGGUUCAUUCAGUUUAUAUCCAUUAUUAAAGAAAGAAGAUUUAGUAUUACAGUAUGCCGUUAGUAAUUUCUUAAUUAAUUGGUUAAUUGGACCUAAAUUAUUAUUAUCAAAUCAUAAUUUAUUUUAUAGUUUGAUUAUAAAGGGGUCAUAUUUCUUAAUGAUUGUAUAUCAUAUACUUGACUUUUCAUUACCUCCACCUCAAAGAUUUCCUGACUUAUGGGUGAUUUUAAAUAUUGCUAUAUCAUUCGGAGCAUUUUCAAUCUUCUUUUUAUGGUUGAAUUAUAAAGUAUAUAAACUUAAAGUUGAAUAG